UGCCUGUUCCUGAUCCUGAGAAUCCUGGUGCCAAGCCAUUGGUCACCCCUGAACUGCCCUCUCUGACCACCUGCCAAAUCCAACACCUAGAGUUGCCCUAACUAAUAUAAGAGGGGAGUCGCUUUACUUGCAGCUUGGGGGGUUCGCUUUACUGGCUCGGUACUUACGCAAUUUGUGCAACUUGUAGUGGAGAGCGUAUCCAACAGAAGAGCAGGUUCUCAUUGCCCUUUGAACUGCCGUGUUAUCGAAUUGCUCCGUCCCAUUCCAGGUUCGGCAGGAUAGCUGCCGCUAAGGACGCUCUCGUCGGAAUGUGUACCGUAUAAUGCUGUUACGGAAUUUUGACUCUGCUUCUGCUCGAGAAAAGCGUCGGAUGUCUCUCGUACUAAACUGCUCCACGCCCCUGACAACGUCGUGCCCAUCUUCACCCACCCAUUCGGGGCUGAUGACCGCGGCGUGGAAAACUGAAGGCGAGGUCAACCGAACAGAGGACCCUGCACAUCUGACGGUACCCCUAACCGGACCUAUCAACCCGGCGGUCGCGGAGAUAAUGGGUUCCACUUGGCCAUAAAUGUCUUGGCACGGUGCCCGGGAGGAGCCUACACAGGAAGCGGCGGGAGUCUCCGAGGCGCUGAUGAUUGAUGGUUUCCGAAGAACAAACAUGCAUGUCAGCCGCCCAUGAACAGCCCCUAAUUCCGUUGUCAACUCUGGAG